AUGUUGCUCUUAAUAAUGAUAACAUUGAUGUGCUGUGGCGGUGAAGUUUUUUCAAGCAGUAUCUUUUCCCAAUGCAAGAAGAACGACAUACCUUGUAUAGAGAACACAGUGAAUACUGCAUUGCCGAUUUUAUUUGAUGGAAUUCCAGAACUUGAGAUUCCGAAAUCUGAUCCUCAAUUCGUUGACGUUAUUAACGCAAAUUUAUCAAUUUUAACAUAUACGUUCUUCAACAGUACUCUCUACGGAUAUAAAAAUUGUAAAAUGUCAAAUUUAAAAAUAAACGAUGAACUAACAAAAGUAAACUGUGAAAUGCUCUGCACGUCACUUAUGAUGAAUGGUCAAUAUGAAAUUAACGGACGGCUUAUCACAUUACCCAUAGAAGGAAAAGGGGAUUAUGAUUUUAAUGCAGCUAGUUUCCAUGUAGACCUUGGAGUUUCAUUGAAUAAAAUAAAAGGAAGUGAAGGAAAGACCCAUUUCUUCAUUAAAAAAAUUACGUUCAAAGCCAAACCGCUUAAUCCAGUUAAGUUUAACUUUCAAAAUUUGUUCAACGGCCAAAAGGAUUUGGCGGCGACCGUUAAGAAAUUUGCUCGAGAGAACUGGCUAGAAAUUACUAUGCUAGUCCAAGAUCCAAUCUGGGAAGCUUCUUUAAACCAGCUUAAAAGCGUUAUGAACAAAUAUCUAAAAACGUUUGCAAUUGAAGACACUAUUUUAAACUAAGCAAAUGAAUUU